CUCGGACCGUGAAGCCGGGCUGACAGACGCUCAGAACCGCCAUGACAGCGACCCUCCUGCUGCUGCUGCUGCCGCUCCUCCGCUGCUCCCCCUCGGCCGCAGAGCCGCCGCCCCCCGGCGCUGUCCGGGAGUAUUUCAUAGCAGCGGUGGAGAUCGGAUGGGACUACAUCCACCUGGACGAGGCGGAACCGGACCAAAGAGGGAGAGCCAAGGUGAAUCCUCAAAAAUACAUCAAGGCGGUUUAUAGAGAGUACACAGACCCUACAUACACAGUCCCAAAGCCCAGAGCAGCCUGGACAGGUAUUCAAGGACCGGUGAUUGUCGCGCAGGCUGGUGAAAAAGUGACAAUCCACUUUAAAAACUUAGCUUCUCAGCCGUACAGCAUCAGCCCUGUGGGGAUCACCUACUGGAAGCAAUCUGAAGGAGCUGGAUAUGAUGACUCCACAGCAGGGCAGGAAAAGGAGGAUGAUGCCGUCUCUCCUGGAGGAUACUAUGAGUAUGUCUGGGACAUCAGCCCAAAAGACGGUCCAACCAUCGACGACCCCGACUGCCUCACCUACUCGUACUCAUCGCAGGUGGACACGGUCCGAGACAUGAACUCGGGCCUCAUUGGAGCCCUGCUCAUCUGUAAACCAAGUGUUUUCACUGAAGAUGGCCAGCGGAGGCUCCCAGCCUUUGUCCUUCUGUUUGCUGUGUUUGACGAGACUAAAAGCUGGUAUGGAGAGAUGGGAGAGAGGAUAAGCAGAGAGAAGUUCAAGAGGAGCAACAGCAGAAAGAACUACCACACCAUCAAUGGCUAUAUCAACUCGACUUUACCAGGUUUGACAAUGUGUCAGAGUCGAGAUCCUGUGUUUUGGCAUGUAAUCGGGAUGGGCACAGCUCCGGAAAUCCACUCCAUUCGGUUCCAGAGUCACACUUUGCAGGUUUUGACCCAUCGUAAAGUCACAGUGCAAGUGACCCCAAUGACUUUCAUCACUGCAGAAAUGAAACCCACCACUAUUGGCCACUUCCUCAUCAGCUGUCAGAUACAUGCUCAUAGUCAUGAUGGGAUGAAUGCUUUUUUCACGGUGGAGAAAUGUCCUGAGCCCAUCCCUGUGCCGAAACAAAGCCUUCGCAACGUCAAACACGAUGAAGAGGAGGAUGAAGACGAUUCUGAUUAUCGUUUUAACACAAUAUACUUUAAACCCAGAGCCAUCAGUGGACAGGAGUCCAAUAUAAGGAGGCAUUUUAUUGCUGCAGAAGAGGUGAUCUGGGACUACACUCCUCAUCUCAAGCCCACAGACAGUGAACUGCAGUCCAGAUAUUUGCCUGCAGCUCCCCAUCACCUGGACUACAGGUAUAAAAAGGUUGUGUACGUGGAGUACACAGAUGCCUCCUUCACUCAGAGGAAAAGCAAUGUGACAAUGCUGCUGGGUCCAACGCUGAAAGGCCAAGUCAACGAUCAGAUCCAUAUCAUUUUUAAAAACUUAGCUAGUCGCCCUUUUAAUAUCUACCCCAAUGGCCUGACGAAGAUCUACCCCCUGCAGAGAUCCAGCAAUGCAGCAGAAGAUGACUUGCGCUCCAUGGAAGUUCCCCCCCACAAGACAUUUGGCUACAUUUGGAGUCUAACAACAGACGACGGGCCCUUGGAGGGAGACCCCCAGUGUCUGACCCAGUUGUAUCAAAGCACCGUCUCCCCAGAACAGGACUUGGCCUCUGGGUUGGUAGGGACGCUGCUCAUCUGCAAACACGACGCCAUUGACACCAGAGGACAACUGCUGGGACCUGAUGAAAAGCUUAGCUUGAUAUUUGCUGUGUUCGAUGAGAACAAAAGUUGGUACUUCAAGGAAAACAUGCAGAAAUCAAGCCUAAGACCUCUCAACGCUACGCACUCUGAAUUCUACGAGUCCAAUGUCAUCUACAGUAUAAAUGGCAUCAUGUUCAGGGGACGUGAGUUCGUCAUGUGUCAGACUGAUGUCCCCUUCUGGCAUGUGGCCAACGUGGGUACCCAGAGUGACUUCCUCUCCGUUUAUUUUACUGGAAACCUGUUCCAGUACGAAGGCCUUUACCAGUCUGUCCUCACCCUCUUCCCCAUGACUGCCGUAACGGUCCCCAUGGAAACGGAACUGAUCGGUGAGUGGGAGAUAAGUGCAUUUGACAGCAGCCUCAAGAGCCGGGGCAUGAGCAUCCGCUACACUGUUCUUCCCUGCAACAACGGAGAGCUCUCGCUUGUUGAUGAUGACGUGGCUGAAGAUAUCUCCGAUUACUACGACCAAAUCUUUCUCCAGCCAAGAGGCGUAAGACCUCAGAAUGGCACAGUGUUGGUCCGCGUGUGCAAGAAACCCGUUGCUAACGAGACUCGUGGUCAGAAUGUCACGAUGGAUCAAACUGAAGGUGUUAGCUCUGCAUGUGAGCUGAGGAGAGUGCCGGUGACAUCACUAAAAAAGAUAACACCUCCUCUAGAUGCAGGAAUCCCAAAGGAUGUCCUGGAAAAAAUAGAAAAAGAUGGGAAAUGGACAGCUGCUGAAAAUCUGGCUGAACUUGGGGGAAGCAGACGGAGAAGACAGACAGGAGGUGCAAAUUCUGGGAUCUUAAAUGAAGAAAUUGUGUUUAAAAAUGCUGCAGAACAUGUAGAAAACAUGACUGAGACUGCUUCAAAAUCCAAGCUUGAAGGAAGGAGUGGAAUACCAAAUGUAAAGAAAAGGACUGUACCUAACGAGAGCAAUGAUAUCUUACUGAACAGUGAGGAAUCGAAGGUCUCAGCUGAAGAUGUAAUCUCUUCAGAAUUCAUGGAUGAAAACUUUGUGCCACAAAACCACAUUUUUGCUGAACCCGUGAGGCUUCCAGAUGACCUGCUGGAUCUGGAUUACAACUUCACUGAUGCUAACUUAAAUCAGAUUGAUCUGGCAUUGGAGUACGAUGACUACAAGGAGGAGGUGAACAGUUCAUCAGAAGUGUUUGGUUCAGAUUACAUGGACCUGCGUUCAGGAGAACUCAGACCCCGCCUUUACUACAUCGCUGCGGAGGAGAUCGCCUGGGACUACGGCAUCAAGAAACCACAUCAGCUCAUCCACCAGGAUGAGAUGCGUCGAGGAAUGAGGAAGUUCCUGCCUGAAUAUAAGAAGGUGGUGUUUCGAGCUUACAGAGACAAAGACUUCCUGCAGCCUGUGAGCAGAGGAGAGCUUCAAGAACACCUGGGAAUCUUGGGACCUUUCAUCAGAACGCAAGUUAAUGAUCUCCUCACCGUGGUUUUUAAGAACAAUGCAAACAGGCCUUACUCCUUUCAUCUUCAUGGCGUGUACGACCGAAGUCAGGGGGCAGGCGCUAAACAAGCCACCUCAUCCUCUGCUCCACCUGGGCUUCCCGGAGAGCCUGUUCCACCAGGAGAAGCUCGGACUUAUAACUGGAAAAUAAGCAAGAAACAGGGACCCACUGAUCCAGAGUUUGACUGCAAGACUGGAGCUUAUUACUCCACUGUCGAUAAGGAGAAGGACCUUCACUCGGGUCUGAUCGGUCCACUGGUGGUCUGUAAGUCUGGUACCCUGAAGACCCAUGGGAACACACAGCCGGACAUCCAGGAGUUCUCUCUGCUCUUCCACACCUUCGAUGAAACUAAAAGCUGGUACCUGGAGGAGAACCUGCAGCGGUACUGUGCACCACCCUGUCAGGUCAGCCCCAAGGAUUCCUGGUACCAAACCAGCAACAAGUUUGCAGCAAUAAAUGGUUACGUGGCAGAGACUCUUCCUGGUUUGCUGGUGGCCCAGCAUCAGCCGGUGAGGUGGCACCUCCUGAAUGUGGGAGGUGACAGGGAGUACCAUGCCGUGCACUUCCACGGUUUGCCUUUUACUCUUCAUGCUAAAGAAGAACACCGUUUGGGAGUCUUCACCCUUUUUCCUGGUGUUUUUGGGACGGUAGAGAUGCGACCCCCCACAGUCGGGACAUGGCUGGUGGAGUGCACCAUAGGAGACUACCAGCUGGCUGGAAUGAGGGCCAAACUGUUGGUGUAUAAUCCACAAUGUGCCUUUCCUCUGGGAAUGACAUCCGGAAGAAUUGAAGACUCCCAAAUCACAGCAUCAGAUCACAUAGGUUACUGGGAGCCGAGGCUGGCCAGGCUGGACCAGACCGGUAUGAUCAACGCCUGGAUGGGAAAAAACAGCAAGUCAUGGUUACAGGUUGAUCUGCAGACGCCCACCCUGCUGCACGCUGUGCAGACGCAGGGAGUCAGAUCAAUGCUAAAGGAUCACUUCAUCAUAUUGUUUACCGUCUCCUACAGCCUGGAUCUAGAGACCUGGACCACCUACAGAGGAAACAGCUCCACGAACACCAUGAGCUUUCAUAGCAACAUGGACAGCUCCAGGGUAAGAGAAAACAAGUUCUCUCCACCGUUUGUGGCUCGCUACGUCCGGAUCCAUCCACACCACUAUUCGCAAAAGCCCGCUGUCCGAAUGGAGCUGCUGGGAUGUGAUCUCAACAGCUGCUCCGCGCCCCUCGGGCUCCAGAGGAGGUUGAUUCCUGACAGCAGCUUUAGCGCCUCAUCGUUCCAUUCGUCUCUGCUGCGCUCCUGGAGCCCCAGCCUCGCCCGGCUCCACCUGAGUGGAGGCGCCAACGCCUGGAGGCCAAAAAACAACAACCCCCACGAGUGGCUGCAGGUGGAUUUGGGGAAAGUCAAACGGAUCACAGGCGUCAUCACCCAAGGAGCUCGAUCCCUGCGGACCGAGAUGAUGGUGACGGAGUUUUCAGUCACUUACAGCCAAGACGGACACUUUUGGAGCAGUGCGUUGGAGAAAAGCACCCAAACAGUGAAGAUCUUCCCAGGAAACAAUAACCCAGACAAGGAAGCUCUCACUGUUUUCAGCCCUCCCCUGUUUGGUCGCUUCAUUCGCAUCCACCCCCGCGGUUGGGUCAACGACAUCGCCCUCCGUCUGGAGGUGCUGGGCUGUGACACGCUGCAGGGAAUCUGACAACCACAUGCAGCAUGGUUUCCAACUAAAGUUGUUUUUGUUGUUCUGUAGCCAGAAGACUGUUUACAUUUUUACUUCGUUUUGUGUUUGCAACUGUGGUAUUAAAUGAAGAGCAUAGUUAUUUAUGAAGUCCUAUUUAAAUAAGGUAUAAUAAUGUAUAAAUUGGAAGUUUUACUUGUGUUUGCAACACACGGAUGAGCCAACGUCUUGAAAGUAAGCUUGUGUAAAUAUUUCAGAUUCAUAUGGAUGUAUUUUGUUUGACUAAUUUUAUAUUAUUG